AUGUUGAAACGAAUGAUUCAUCCUUCCUCAUCGUGGUCGGCUUGUUCCUCGCAAAGGUUCUUGUUGAAGAGCCUAGUAGCCACUACUAGCAAUAACAACAACAAUAGCAGUAUGAAUGGAGCAAUGGUUUCCGUGCUGUAUAACAAUAAUUAUCACAAUAACAACAACAAUAUGAAAAACUACCAUACAUCAUCAUUCAUGAACGCUUUGGAGACUACACUUUCAGGAAACAAACAAACCAAAUACCACAUCAAUACUCACGUGGUAACUCCAAACAAGCGUAAAUUCCCACUCAUCAACCCCGAGAAAAUUAACAAAAUGGCUCUUGCCAAAGCACUCUCCACAAAUAUUGCUACAGGUACCAAGAAAGUGAUGGAGGCCACCAAGUCGGUCAUUCCAUCAUUUGAAAUUCAACCAGAAGCAAUGGUAAAAAGUUUAACAACAGGAGAAUUUACAGAGAUGAUUAAACUUCAUCCAUACUUGUUUAAUUGUACUCCCAGAAAGGACCUUUUAUAUUUGAUGGUCAAGUGGCAAUUAGCAAAGAGAAGACAAGGUACUCACAAAACAAAACAUCGCUUUGAAGUUGCCUUCACUAAGAAGAAAAUGUCUCCACAAAAGGGUACUGGUAAUGCCAGACACGGAGAUCGUGCUGGUCCACAAUUUAGAGGAGGUGGUCAUGCAAUGGCAAUCCGUCCUCGUUCCUAUGUUUAUCAUCUCAAUAAGAAAAUUAGAAGACUUGCUUUGCGUAUGGCCCUCACAACAAAAUAUCAACAAGGAAAGUUGAUUGUUGUUGACAAUUUUUCUGUUGAAACCUUCAAGACUAAAUACGUUGCUGGACUCAUUAAGAAUACAAUUUUCCCAGAUGCUGAUUCCCAUCCAAAGGAAUUGAAAGAUAGAGGAGUGUUAUUGAUUGAUGGCGAGACCACAAAUGAAAACUUUGCAAAGGGAUCAUUCAUUUUACACUAUGCAGAUUACAUGAAUGUCAAUGGUUUGAAUGUCUAUGACAUGCUAAGGAGAGAAAAACUUGUUCUUUCCAAGAGCGCAUUAGAAGCUCUCAUGAAAAAGUAUGACAAGUAUAUUAAGGCUGAAUAUUAUUAA